CACACAAAUACGCGGCAAAGAGAGAGAAAGAGAGAGAGAGAGAGAGAGAGAGAGAGAGAGAGGUGGAGUUGUGAUAAGAGAGAAGCUCUGGAUACAGUCUCAUCCCGUCGUCGGAGACGGAGUUUAUGCCUCUUGGCUGUUGAGGUAAAUAUCGAGGUUAUAUUAAGCUUCGUUUUUAGUGGAUUUUCUUCUUUUGAGAUAUGGAACAAGACUACAUCGGCUCAGGCUGCUACCAGUAUCGUGUUUUUUCAUUGCAAGAAGCACUCGAUUGGCGGUUUCUUGCACGCGCAGAUUUCCUUAUUGGCUCUUUCGUGAACUGCACCUAGUGCUCAGACCUUCUGCCAUCUUUACGGAAGGUGUGAUGCAAAUUUCUGAUUCAGGGCUGAUGUUUGCAAGUUAUCUUACCUUCACAUAGUCCUAGAUUGUCAUCUAAAUCUGUUCCUGCAGUCAAAAACUAGUUAGUCCCUCUUCCAUAUCCUGUUCUUACUAGAGCUGGUUAAAGAAGGAUGUAUCAGUUUUUCUUCAAGUUUUGAGUUUUCAAUAGCUGUGUCUUUUCCUCAAGUCUCUGAACACCUUGAGUGAAAUGUUGUGAGCAUUGGUUUCGUCCUGUUACUCAGAACAUUACCUUUUGUUGGUGCGUCUUCCAGUUCUCAGUAUGUUUUUUCCUUUUCUUUUAAAGUCUUUCUUUUCCCUUGAUGGUCAACCCAUUGAUAUUCAAAGUAAAUAACGGUUGGUCUACUCUGCGGGAGAACUAUUGAUCUUGCUGCCAUACAAACAACUGGAAAGUUAAAGUUAUAGACAUAUAUCAGAAGUUCCCCACAAAUAAAUAGUAGCGGCUACUUUUCUUUACCUAGUGACAAUGGAGAGGUACACGUUACUCAAAGAAGUUGGUGAUGGAACUUUUGGGAAUGUUUGGCGAGCAGCCAGUAAACAGACGGGCGAAGUUGUGGCAAUUAAAAGAAUGAAAAAGAAGUAUUUCUCUUGGGAAGAAUGUGUGAAUCUAAGAGAAGUGAAGUCGCUUAGCAGAAUGAAUCAUCCAAACAUUGUUAAACUGAAGGAAGUUAUCCGGGAAAAUGAUGUCCUAUACUUUGUGUUCGAGUACAUGGAGUGCAAUCUGUACCAGCUUAUGAAGGAUCGCCCUAAGCAUUUCGCUGAAUCUGAUAUCCGAAAUUGGUGCUUUCAAGUCUUUCAAGGCCUUUCUUAUAUGCACCAGCAUGGAUACUUCCACCGUGAUCUUAAGCCAGUGAAGCAGAUGAGAUAUACAAAAUCUGUAGUGUCAUAGGCAGCCCAACUGAAGAGACAUGGUUGGAGGGGCUGAAUCUUGCCAGCGUUAUCAAUUACCAAUUUCCUCAGCUUCCCCGUGUACACCUAUCAAGUCUGAUGCCAUAUGCUAGUGCAGAUGCGAUUAACCUUAUUGAGCGCCUUUGCUCGUGGGAUCCCUGCAGUAGACCGACAACAGCAGAAGCUCUGCAGCAUCCAUUCUUCCAGAGUUGCUACUAUGUUCCCCCAUCUCUCCGGCCCAAGCCGUCUUUACCGAGAGGGACUCUGGAUCAGCAGCAGUCUGUGAAGCGGUUGCCAGCGGCUCCGACUUAUAAUGCUAAUAAGCCGUUGAACACUUACGUUGCUCCAAAGACGAAUGCUUCUUUGAGCAAUGGUGGCAAUAGUUAUGUUGCUCCACAGAUGAAUGCUCUUUGUAGCAAUGGUGUCAACAGUCAUGUCGCUCCAAAGACGACUGCUCCUUUUGGCAAUGGUGUCAACAGUUACGUUACUCCAAAGAUGAAUGCUGCAUUUGACAAUGGUGCCACCAAGUGGAAGUUGGAUAUGGCGAAUAAUAAUAACCAGAACACCGCAUGGAACAACAAACCUGUGAGAAGUUAUAAUGUUAAAGACGCAAAGUAUAGACCACCUGGAAGGAAGAGUCCUCUUGCCGUAUCUACAGACAAGAACUGGGUCUCUGUUCGUGGAGCAUCAGAGACUGCAAAAGCAACAAUGGAAGCAAGAUGGACUCAAAGUCGUAAACAACAACCGGCAAUGAAGGCAGGGUGGGUGGGAGAAAGUGCUGACAUGUUCCUCCGGCCUACACAGCCUUCAAAUCGCUACUCUAGGAGAAUCGCUGGUUAAGCCGAAAGACUCUUUACUUAUGAAUCAAAUAAGUUACGAACCAUAAUCAUCUCCAUCAUCACCAUCAUCAUUUUGCUUUUGAUUAUCAUCAUCUACCCGAGAGUCCAAUCUGAAGACUACUUAUGUUGAUUUCCGCCCUCUUUUGUGUUUCGCUCUUUUAAAACUAUCUUGUUUGUUUGAUAGAGCUUCCGUCUUCAUGACGUGACUAUUAUGUAUGGAGUAUUAUUUAUCAGCUUGCAAUAAAGCUCUCGACAUUGCACCAA